AUGGAGCUACAUCAGCAGCAGCAGCACUGCUGCGAGGCCUCAACUGCCGAUGAGGCGGUGGAGGGAGACGGGCAGCGGCGAACGGACGCUGCCGAGCACCACCCCAGCGUUCGCUUCUACCGUGGCAUGUGGAGCCUCACUCAACUAACGGAUCCUAUUUUCGACGACGUCAUCUCGAGUACCGACGGUAGCAACGGCGACAAGGCAGUCUCUGCUCCGGCAUCCGAAACGCCAGCUGAGGUGCCUUCCGGCAGCCCCUCACCGCUGUCUCGCGUCUCGCCACUCUCAGUGGUCGGCCUUCACCAGACACUUCUCCCCCCAGCAGCCGUGAACGGGCUCGGCGAUGUGGCGGACGAGAACUACGCAGUGCAGCUAGCGUCGUCUAACGGGCUUGAGUUUCUGCGCCUCCACUGGCACAUACUACUACCGUUGCUCUUCCCUUGUUGCCGCUGGGGUGACGAGGCGGGCGCGAUCGACCCCACCGUUUCGUGUUCUGGUCGAGACAACAGCAGCGGCCAAUGUAGCUCGCACGUGCAGCAAGACUUUUCCGGCUCCGAGGAAGGGGCAUCAUCCCCUGUUGAGAGUUCCUGCUCGGCCUCGGAGUUGUACGAGCUGCUGCUCCGCCGCCCCCUGUUGGAGAGCGAUCUCGCCAUUGUCCGAGAACCUGGACUGAUGGAUCGCGUCUACUACAGCUAUGUGGUACUGCUCCGCUUCUUCGGAUGGCGCGUGCACGAGGAGGAGCGUGGUCUGCUGGACCGCCAUCGUGCCUGGCAGGAGCGGUACGCGCUGCUGGAGCUCUACCGGGCGUCCACCACCGCCGCCGCGACUACCCAGCUCGCCACAGGCCCAACUGCUGCAGGGCCGUGCAGCCAUGUCGACGGCGACGACUUCGAGGGCAACAACGUUCAUCAAGCGCGACAUGCCUGCCCACGGCCACCUCCCACUUACCACUCCUUCAACUUUUACGAGUCGGGCGUUCCACGUGUGCUGCGCAGCCUUCUCGACAUUGGCUUUCUGCGCCUGGCUGUGCGGCUUGUGGAGUUUCUCUUGGAGGAGAUGAGCUACGGCCGUCUUCUGUUCCUGCUGCCGCUGGUUGAGGUUACCUUGUUACCGAUACUCGUUCAGCAGCCACACGUCGAGUCAAGCCACAAGACGCGGCUGAAGAAGCGCCUGUACAGGCUCACUCACAGUGACUCGGAUUAG